AUGGCAGAGGCAAAAGAAGCACCAGAAGAAAAUACAUCGCGUAGAGAUACGUUGGUGGAAAUCGAGAAGAAGUACCAGGCGAUUUGGGCAAAAGAAAAGCCGUUUGAAGUGGAUGCACCAAGCGAGCAGGAAGAACCGUACGGAACAUCGGUGGAAAAGCUGCAUGAAGAUUACCCGAAAUGGUACGCAAGCAUGGCGUACCCGUACAUGAACGGAGUCCUCCAUGCAGGGCACGCGUUCACGUACUCGAAGGCGGACUUUGCGACGGGAUUCGAGCGGUUGUGCGGGAAAAGGGCAUUGUUCCCCUUGGGAUUCCACUGCACAGGAAUGCCGAUCCUCGCCUCAGCAGACAAGUUGAAGCGGGAAAUGGAGAUGUUCGGGGAGAACUUUGAGCGGGCACCGUCGAAGGAGGAGGAGGAGAAGGCGUUGAAGGAGGAGGACGAGCGGAAAAAGAAGGAAGAACAGAUGAAAAAGGAGACCGGGCAGCACGAGGACGUGACGAAGUUCACGGCGAAGAAGUCGAAGGUCAAGGAGAAGGCAGGAAGAGCGAAGUUCCAGUUUGAGAUCAUGGAGCAGUUGGGCGUGCCGAAGGAGGAGAUCAAGCAGUUUGCGGACCCCAAGCACUGGUUGGAGUACUUCCCACCGCUGGUGAAGAAGCACGUGACCAUGCUGGGCGGCCGGGUCGAUUGGCGGCGGUCGAUGGUGACCACGGACGUGAACCCGUACUACAACCGGUUUGUGCAGUGGCAGAUGAACCGGUUGAAGGAGCUGGGCAAGAUCAAGUUCGGCAAGCGGUACACGAUCUACUCUGUGAAGGAUGGCCAGCCGUGUAUGGACCACGACCGGCAGUCCGGGGAGGGAGUUCUCCCGCAGGAGUACACGGGGAUCAAGAUCGAGGUCACCGGGUUCACGGCCCGGGCGCUCGGCUACCUCCGGGAGCACGGGUUCGACCCGGAGGGCAAGAAGGUGUACUUGGUGGCGGCCACACUCCGGCCAGAGACCAUGUACGGCCAGACUUGCUGCUUUGUGUCCCGCAAGAUCGACUACGGGCUCUUUGACAUGGGCCACGGCGAGUUCUUCAUCUGCACGCGGCGCUCGUUCAAGAACAUGAGCUACCAGGAGAUCACUCCUCGCCGGGGAGACUACAAGGAGGCUCUUUUGGUGAACGGCGACCUGCUCGUUGGCUCGAAGAUCCACGCACCGUUGACACCGCUCAAAACGCUCCGGGUGCUCCCCAUGGAGACGAUCCUGGAGUCCAAGGGCACGGGGGUGGUGACUUGUGUGCCAUCGGACUCGCCAGACGACUUUGUGACCACGAGAGACUUGCUCAACAAGCCCGAGUACCACGGAAUCGACCGGGACUGGGUCGUCGAGGACCCCAUCAGCAUCGUCAGAACCGACAAGUACGGCGAUAUGUGUGCGAAGACGCUCGUGGAGAAGUUGAAGAUCCACUCGCCCAAGGACACGCAGCAGUUGGCCGAGGCCAAGACACUCGCCUACAAGGAGGGCUACUACAACGGGGUGCUUUUGAAGGGCAAGUACCAGGGCAUGAAGGUCGAGGAUGCCAAGCCCAAGGUCAAGAAGGACCUCGUGGACGCAGGCCUCGCGUUCGUGUACAACGAGCCGGAGAAGGCCGUGAUGUCGCGGUCCGGUGACUCGUGCAUUGUCUCGCUCGAGGACCAGUGGUACCUCGACUACGGCGAGAAGAACUGGAAGCAGCAGGCUGUGGCCUGCUUGCAGAAGAUGAACACGUACGCUCCGGACACGAAGAACGCGUUUGAAGGAGUGUUCGACUGGUUGAAGAACUGGGCACUCUCCAGAACGUACGGGUUGGGCACGCGGAUCCCCUGGGACCAGAAGUACCUCGUGGAGUCGCUCUCGGACUCGACCGUGUACCAGGCCUACUACACGAUCUGCCACCUGUUGCACCGCGACAUAUAUGGCCGCGAAAGGGGCCUCUUGGACAUCUCGGCCGACCAGAUGACCGACGACGUGUGGGACUACGUGUUCUGCCGGCGGGACGAGGUUGUUUCGGACAUCCCGAGGGCCAAGUUGGACCGGAUGAGGCGUGAGUUCGAGUACUUCUACCCGCUCGACGAGUCGAUCUCCGGCAAGGACUUGAUCCCCAACCACUUGACUUUCUACAUCUACACGAACGUAGCGCUAUUCCGGCGGCAGUUCUGGCCCACGGGUAUCCGCUGCAACGGCCACUUGAUGCUCAACAAUGCCAAGAUGUCCAAGUCCACCGGAAACUUCCGGACUUUGGCCCAGUUGGUGGCCAAGUUCGGUGCUGAUGCCUCGCGUGUGGCCCUAGCAGAUGCCGGGGACUCCGUUGAGGACGCCAACUUCGACGAGAGCAACGCAAACGCGGCCAUCUUGCGGUUGUACAACCUCAAGGAGUGGUGCGAGACCAUGAAGAGCAGCGAGGCCAGCUUGAGAACCGGCGACUACAACUUCUUCGACACGGCGUUCGACAACGAGAUGAACCAGUUGAUCGACGAGACCUUCGCCCACUACAAGGCCACGCACUACAAGUUGGCCUUGAAGAGCGGCUUCUUCGACUACCACUACGCCCGAGACUACUACCGCGAGGUCUCUGCCUUGUACGGCGGCAUGCACCGCGACCUGGUCGCCAAGUACAUCGAGACUUUGGCCCUCAUGCUCUCGCCCGUCACCCCACACUUCGCCGACUACCUCUACCGGGAGAUCGCCGGCCACACCGGGUCCAUCCACACGGCCCGCUGGCCAACCCACGCGGCCCCCGUGUCCAAAUCCAUCUCCGAGGAGCUCGAGUACGUCCGGCGGCUUCAGCGGUCGAUUCGAGAGGCUGAAAUCCAGUCGUUGAAGAAGAAGAAGAAGGGGAAGCAGGUCGAUGUCGACGUCAAUCGUCCCGUCGACGUCACGCUCUUCAUCGCCCGCACUUUCCCCGACUGGCAGGACAAGUACGUCGAGAUCGUCCGCCAGAUUUUCGACAAGUGCCACAUCGUCGACAUGAAGCAGGUCCGCGGCCACGUCGAUGGUCGCGACAUGAAGAAGGUCAUGCCUUUCGUCAGCGUGCUCAAGAAGCAGUUGGAUGUCUCUCCACCUGACGAGGUCUUCAACCGUGAACUCUCCUUCGACGAGAUCCGGGCCGUCAAGCUCACCUUGCCGGUUCUAAAACGGGCCCCUGCCCAGGUCUCCGUGGCCUCCAUCCACGCCGUGUUCUUCAACAACGGCGAUUCCGUCGGAACCGACGUCAGUUCCGGCGCCCAGGUCGACCUUCCACGGGCCAAGUCCAUCCAGAACGCUACUCCGGGCAACCCGGGCGUCCAGAUCAGGAAUGUCGCCUGA